CAAUAUGUCGCAGCGCCGUCGGGGCACUAACGCCAAGACCUCGGGCCCGUCCAGGCCAGUACGGGCGGCGAGGGAGGUCGUGGUCACGUUCCCGGACGGCUUUUCGUUCACUGUGAAGAAGACAGGUGCUGAUCAACUCUGGCCUUGUCCAAGGUGUGUGCGCUUCCGGUGCAGCAACAAGGAUGAUCUCAAGAUACAUGCAGCAAGUGGGGUGUGCUUACCGAGGUCUGCGAGGGUCGCCGCUCAGCAGUCUCGCGGUGUGGCAGACGUCGUUCCGUCCGCACAGAGACUGCAGCCCCAGCAGGACUCGCAACGACUCACCAUCUUUGAAGAACGCGUCGUGGGGCAGACGCAUUUCGCCACGCUUGUCCAGCGUUUCCAAGCGACUCAGACGCCCUCCUCUGCGGAAACUGCUGCCCCGAAACACGCUACGCAAAGGGCUGGAGGCGAGAACGGCAGCUCCGGCGCACCAACUUUCACGACAGCCAAUAAUUCCUCGAAUUUGAUCGUUCCCGACAGUGCAUCUGCCAAAGAGGCUGGAAAUGACGACGUACAGAUGGCUGCUCAGGAGCCGGUGGAGGGCAUGGACAUCGACAGCGUCGUUCCGGCGGUGACCACUGCUGCUGAACCUGUUGCUCAACCGUUCCUUAGGGAGCGGAGAAGCGAGUUGACCAAAGUCCACGCUCAAGACAACACCACUCUUGGUACAUCAGAAACUAAGUCUACUCUUGGUGCUUCCUCCAUGCAUUCUGCUGCACAAGGCACACAACUGGCACCAACCAUUGUGGACGAGCCCUGCUCUGACCACGCACUAACGCGCGACUUCCGGAGCCUCAGCGUUGUCGCUGGAAGCCCGCCGCCAGCUCGACGACCUGGGCUCGCGGUUACCUUCCUUUCGAAGACAUCCAGUCCGCACACACACACGCACGACACGAUCCCGCAUGCGACCAGGCGCUCGCGCACCGCGCCGUCCGUCCCUCCGCCCGAGUACCCGCUUACGCCUGCCUCGAUGCGCGACGACACCCCAGACAACACUGCGGGGCCUGAGACGCAAGAGCCGCGCGCCCAGUCGCCUGUACGGAUGACGGGCUAUACUCGGCAGUCGCUGAGUUAUUCGCCCCUACCUGCGCCGCCACCAACGGCACUGCCAAAGGCUCCUGCUGCGCCGGUUGUCGAACAGCCCGUGCCUGCGCCGCAGAGCGAUGCGGCACACAACGCGCUACCACUCCCACCCGCGAUACGAGCCUUUCUAGGCCUAGCAACGUUCCGGAACAUCCCGGAGCUGCCCACCCUCGGUGCGUUCCUCGUGCGGCGUGGCGUAUGCUGCGAAGACGGGCUCAACUGUCUGUGCACUAUGCGGCCUGAAGCACUGGCAGAAGACCUCGGGGACCAUGUCAGGAGCAAGUUCGACAACAUAGUUUGGAUGGCUCUGAGGAAUGGGUUGGAUAUACGGGCAAAGAGGAUGGAACUGCGAUGAUCAAUGGAGCCAGGGCAUUAUGCUGAUGAGUGCGGUCUGUUUGUGUAUCAAGAACGUCAUACUUUGCUUUGUGACUGUUAUGCUUUGACUGAUACUCUUCUUACUCUGUUAACAUCGCGCUUUACUUCACUUUCAUUCCAUUCACUCAUUUGUGGGAGUUGUACAUAACUGAAUAAAUCACUAAAAUUAUGCAAAA